GGACGAUACUCGGGCAGCCGUCUGGACCAGUGCACCUUUACCCUGUACGGGGGCAACUGGAGAUUCACACUUAACGGUCUACCACCGUGGUACUGAGGUUUGCCCCCAACCUCCAUUCUGAGGUUACACAGGCCGUAACUAAGGCUGAUACACAUUACCGUGGAGGUUACAAGAACCACAAGAGAACUCUUUUCUAAAUUGCUCCCCGUCCCCCUUCUCGAAUCCAAUCCAAACAUCGCCCAACAACAAGUGCUACAUAACAGAAUUUCGAAAGGACAAUGCCAAACCGUGCAAACAUGAAGCUGGAGUGCAAUUUUUUCACGGGGUCUGCACGCAUCCUCAACCAGGAGACGACCAUGGAUGCCAUCAGGGACUUGGCCAAGGAGACCGGACGCGAAGACCCAUUCUAUGUGCUGGACAUCGGCGACAUCGUGCAGAAGAUUAAGAUUUGGCGUCUGAAGAUGCCACGCGUGAAGCCCUUCUAUGCUGUGAAGUGCAAUGACAAUCAGACAGUGCUAGAGUUGCUAGCCGCUCUUGGGACUGGCUUUGAUUGUGCAUCAAAGGCGGAAAUAAAGAAGAUUCUGGACCUGGGCGUGGAUAGGUCUCGCAUCAUCUACGCUCACCCAUGUAAACCAGCCUCCCACUUGCGCUAUGCAGCUAAGGAGGAUGUGUCCCUCAUGACCUUUGAUAACGAGACGGAACUCCAUAAAGUCAAGGCUUACUACCCCAAUGCCCAGCUUGUGCUAAGGAUCCGCUGUGACGCUGAAGACUCCCAGUGCCCCCUUGGCAUUAAGUUUGGGGCUUUGCCUGAGGAUGCUGGAGCGCUCCUAGCCACUGCCCGGGCACUGGAUCUCAACAUCGUUGGUGUCUCUUUCCAUGUUGGGUCAGGCUGCCGUGAGCCCUCCGUGUUCCAGCGGGCAAUUGCCACAGCAAGGCAGGUCUUUGACGAAGCCCAAGAGCUGGGUUUUAAGCCGAACUUGCUGGACAUUGGUGGUGGUUUCCCUGGGACACGCAACAACACCCUGGAUGAGAUUGCUGAGUAUGUCAACAACUCCCUGGACGAGCACUUCCCUGAGGGCUGUGGUGUCAAGGUGAUUGCUGAGCCAGGCCGAUAUGUCGUGGCAUCAGCCUUCACCCUGGCCACCUACGUUAUGGCCAAGCGGGAGGUGUGUGACGACAACGGCACAUUUCUCUCCGCCAUGUACUACAUCAAUGACGGUGUCUACGGAUCCUUCAACUGCACCUUGUACGACCAUCAGGAAGUGUACCCUGUGUUACUGGAGGACAAAGGCCCUGAGGAGUCUUACACUCCCUGCUCGAUCUGGGGCCCCACCUGUGAUGGUUUGGACCAGGUGGUCUCCGAGGCUAAGCUGCCCCAGCUGGCUUGUGGAGACUGGCUGGUCUGGCCAGAGAUGGGGGCCUAUACCCUGGUUGCUGCUGGGAGUUUCAAUGGCUUCCCACUCCCCAGUGUCCAUGUGGUUGUCCCACACCACACAUGGCUCUACCUGGAGGAGUUCAUGGGUUCAGUCGUCAACUUCAAGCAGAUUGAUGGGGCCUGCGUCAUGAUGGGCAGCUCUGAGAAUGAUCAACAGCAGCUGCAUGAGAGUGGCUCUGGCUCCUCCUCUCUGACGACUCGCUGGCCAUGCUCAGUCACCACUCAUGACUCUGGCAGCCUGGAUGAGCAGCUGGCACACCUCACUGUCAUCGAUGUGGGUGAAAUGUAAAAGGAAAGCAAGCAUCCAGAUUUCCAUGACCUUCCCUAUGAAUGAAGAAGUAUGCAUUGAAGUUAAGAAGAAAAAAGUCUAUAUUAACCAAUCAAGACCAGUAACUGAUUAAAUGUUUGUUGUAAUGCUGUUGGUAUGUUGAAUUUCUUUUUUUUUUUCUCUCUCUUUUUUUUUCUUUUUCUUUUUUUUUCUUCGUCUCUUGAGAGUUGAUUUAACAGAACAUUGUUAUCAGACAAUCCAUGUAAAUUGGAGAGAAAUCACUGACCAUCGAAAGGAACUGAUCACUUUUUUCAUAUUAGAAGCCAUGGGAUAUUAAACAUGUGCCAAGAUGUUUUGUUUGUUUCGGGAAUAGCCUUUUUUUCCGAGAUUGAAGAACCAAUGUCAAACUUGUCCCUUUUCUAUCUUUUUUUUUUUUCUUUUAGGGGUCUCUGUUUCAUGUUAAGUGGUUGUGAUCCCUGUAGCAAUCAAGUGGCCAUAUCCUCAUGGUUUUUGCUAGUAUUCAGACACUUAGGUGAAGUAAGACUUGACUAUGCUCACCAUGAGGUCAACUGAAUAGAAGUGACUGUACUGCUAACUCUGUCAGUGUUACUCAGUCGUCUUUACUCAGUCGGUGUUACUGUUUACAUUUUAUGUGCUCGAUUUUGUUGGCAAUCACUAGAGCAAACUUGUAUGAACUAGUAGAAAGCCCAUCUCAAACUCAAGUUUUUUAAAAAGAACAAGACAGAAAAGAAAACCUUUCUUAUCAGUCUCAGGUCCCUUCGUUCGUUCUGUUCUGCCUUGCAGCUUGAGAAGUGUUGAUCAGUACUUGCAGAU